GUGUUUUGUGUGAGAGAGAGGGACAAGUUGUUGAUAUUUGUCCAGUCCAGUCUAAAAACCCUAGACCAUCAGUGUCAGUGAGAGUAUUAUCAGGCGCUACUAAAAUCAUGUUGCUCCAUCUCAGUUUCCCCGCGAAGCUUAUUUUUCUCUCGCGCACUCACUCAUGUGAAGCCUUAAUAGACUCUGGAGCUGAGCAAAGCUUUAUCUAGACAACAUCCUCAUUUUCUCCAAGAACUGCGCAGAACACAUUAAAGACGUGCAUCUGGUGCUGCAGCGGCUACUAGAGAAUCGACUGUUUGUAAAGGGAGAGAACUGUCAGUUUCACAUGCAGUCUGUCUCGUUUUUGGGCUUUACUGUGGGACAGGGGCAACUGAAGGCGGACCCUGCUAAGGUUAAGGCAGUGGUGGAAUGGCCGGAACCCAAGAAUCAGAAAGAGGCCUAGAAGUUCCUGGGGUUUGCCAACUUUUACCAACAGUUUAUCCACAACUUCAGUAAAGUGGUGUCACCUUUAACUCAUCUCACCUCUCCCAAACAGCAGUUCCUGUGGUCACUAGCAGCACAGCAGGCCUUUGACCUGCUGAAACGCCUGUUUUCCUCUGCACCUGUUCUAAUCCAGACAGACCUUAAUCAACCGUUCGUGGUGGAGGUGGAUGCCUCGGACUCUGGUGUGGGGGCAGUCCUCUCGCAGCGAUUGGAAGGUACAUUGCAUCCGUGUGCCUUCUUCUCAUGUCGUCUGUAUCAGGCCGAGUGGAACUAUGACGUGGGGGAUCAAGAGCUGCUUGCUAUCAAACUUAACCUUAGAGGAGUGGCGUCACUGGUUGGAGGGGAGCGAGCACCCAGUUCUUGUUUGGACGGAUCACAAGAACCUUGCCUACCUUCAAGCGGCUAAACGCCUCAAUGCCAGACAAGCCAGGUGGGCCUUGUUUUUCACCCGUUUCAACCUUGUGAUUACUUACAGGCCAGGCUCACGCAACACUGAACCCAACGCCCUCUCACGUCAAUUCUCACUGGUGGAGGAUGCAGAAGAAAAGGACAAACCCAUCCUUCCUGCUUCCUGUAUCAUCGGGGCAGUCACCUGGGAGGUCGAGAGGCUGAUCAUAAAUGCCCUGCAGCAGGAUCCAGACCCUGGGUCAGGCCUGGCGGGCCGGCAGUACGUCCCUGUGGUUGUUCGGGGCAAGGUGAUCCACUGGGCACAUAUGGCAAAGUUCUCCUGCCAUCGGGGUCAGAAUCGCACCGUUAGAUUCCUCCAGCGUCUAUUUUGGUGGCCUUCCCUUGCCAAGGACGUCCGGGAAUAUGUGACGGCCUUUUGUGCCCAAAACAAGGUGCCAAGCUCCCCACCGUCGGGCCACCUGUGACCACUCCCUGUCCCCAAACGCCCAUGGUCGCACAUUGCCGUGGAUUUCGUCACUAGACUGCUGCCGUCAGCAGUCUAACAGUCAACCUGAAAGGGCUAACCAGGAGCUGGAAGCCAUGUUGCGGUCCGUUGCCUCCUCCAACCAGUCCUCCUGGUGUGAGCAGUUGGCCUGGGUGGAGUAUGCCCACAACACUAGCACCUCGUCGGCCACAGGGUUGUCUCCCUUCGAGGCAUCCAUGGGAUACCAAGCCCCACUCCUUUCCAUCACAGAGGGUGAGUUGGCAGUCCCAUCUGUGCAACAUCACAUGCGUCAUUGCUAGGGAUGGGUAUUGAUAAGAUUUUAACGAUUCCGAUUCCAUUUUCGA